AUGUUAGACCCAAGCUCAUUCAUACGCAUGUUCAACUCGUUAGCAUGUCAGAAGCCAUUCAGCAGCAGCCUACCAUCUCGAGUUGUUUCGCCUCUCUCCUGGACUCAACCGACCGGCAAAACCGAUACCGACGAUGCCGUCCAAGACUUCCUAACGAUAUACGGACCAAAUAGAGAUGUCCUGAAAAGCAGGAUCGAAGAUUUAAAAAUAUCGAACUUCGGUAUAUCAGGGUUUUUAAAGAUGAAUGCGUACAACGAUGAGAACAUCGGUUAUAACGUAGAUAUCGGUAACAAUGUCAUUGCCAGCAGUUAUAGCUGCGUUAAUGGCAGCAACAGUAGCAGCAGCAACAGCAGCAUCAACAACAAUAACAUUAACAACAAUUCAAAUAGUAAUCGCGCCAAUGAAAAAUUUUAUGAUCCGCAAAUAGAGAACUUCAUUGAGAAAGACUUGCUGAAUAGAGAUUUUUUAAAUUCGCUCGUCGCUCAAAACGAACUCACGUUCAAUAACAUUACCAACAACAGUAACAUCAACAACAAUUUCAGCAACAACAACAACAACAAUUACAACGAUUUUUUGAACGGUAGCUUUCAAAACUUCAACGUAUGCGAGAAUAUUUACCACAGGAAUGAUGAUGGUUUUGAUUUAUUGCAACUGUUUGCGAGACUUAACAACAACAACAGCAGCAGCAACAACAACAACAACAACAGCAACAUCUACAAUGACAUCAUCAACAACAACAACAUUAGCAGCAACAACAACAUUAGCAGCAACAACAAAUUUGUUGCCAAUCACGGCAGUAUUAACGAAAACGAUGAUGAUGACAUCAUCAUCAACAACAUCAACAACAACAACAACAACGUGAGAAAUUACAUGACUAAUCAACUGAGCGAUAUUCUUAGUUACAACAUUUACUCGCAAAACAACGUCAACAGCACACAUUUUUACAACUCAACUAACAACAACAACAACUUCAAUAACAGCAACAACAACAACAACAACUUCAAUAGCAUCACUGACAUUAACAACAACAACUUAAACUCUAUCCCACCCAUCAACAAGCAAAAAAGUUUUUCUGGCUUUGACACACAAAACAUAAACAACAACAAAAUAACGCCAAACGGCAACAGAAAAAAUGGUUAUAACAACAACACAAACAACAACAGUAUUAAUUGCAGUGCGGACAAUAAAGGCUUAGACUAUUGUAAAAAUUUUCACAUCGUCAACAACAGCAACAGCGAAAACAACACCAACAACAACAACAACAUAAAUAACAACAACAACAUACAUAAUCACAACAGCAGCAACAACAACAACAACAACGUACAUAACCACAACAACAACAACGACAGCAACAACAACACCGUCAAUAUCAUAUAUCCUUGCAACGGAGAGCGUCAAACAACAAGAAUGACACCCUUCAAAAAUCUUCCACAUCGUCCCGACAGCAGCACAAGCCCACAUCUUCUUCACGCGGAAAUGACGUCAGCAAAUUUUAAUACAUCAAUCAACGCAAACUGUCCGCCGCAUCAAUUACAUCAACAGCAUCUUCAACUUAAACAACAACAACAACACCACCAACAACAACAACAACACAAUCAUCUAAGUAACAAUGCGAGCAGUAUCAGUAACAACAGCAGAAAGCACUCAUAUUCAUGUGCAAAUCACGACCCAGAUCACUUACACAACAACAUAAACAACAAUUACAACACCAACAACACCAACACCGACAACAACUACAUCAACAGCAACAACCUACCACACUCAAACAACUCACCACAGCUAAACAAUCCAACGAACUUUAUUAAAGUUCUGACCGAAACGACAGUACAUUCUCGAAACCUUUCAGCAGCAGUAGCAGCAACAUCAACAACAUCAGCAGCUGUGGCAACAGCAGUUGUAGUAGCAACGACAGCAACUUCAGAUCUGAAUUUAUUCGAUGAGCGAACUAGCAGCAAGUAUAGAGUGAAUGGCGAUCAUGCGAGUUCAGCUUUCUCCGAUCUGUCGUCAUCGUCAAACUCAAACUCAUCAUCAUCAUCAAGUCCGACAGUGAGGAGCCAGUACUGA